AUGGGCGAGGCUGCCCUUACCAGCCACGCAGGGGGAGCUGGCCACAAAGCAGCGGUCCGCAAGCUGCUGGAAGCCUUAUUCUCUAAACUGCAGCUCCUGGUGUUAAACAGCCUUGAAAGCACCUCCAGGCUCAGCAGCCAGCAUCUCCAACCAUCAGGCAGCAAGACGGAAGACGCCAGGCGCCGCCCAGCUCAGCAAGGCUCCGUAGACCUGUCCAGACUGGAGCACCAGCAGAGAUCGGAGGCUCUGGAGCAGCAGCAGCAGAUGAAGAUCCUGGAGUGGGAGAAUAGGAUGAAGGUGCUGGCGUGGGAGCAGGAGCUGGUGAGGGAGAAGAGGAGAGCAGCCCGGCAGAAGGAGAAAGCCUUCAGGAUGAAGAAGGCCUACUACAAGGCCAAGCUAAAGAGGAUGGGCGAGGACGUGCCGCCAUCUUCCUCCAGUAGUGGCGACGAAGCGGAGAAAACGUCUGACCCGACUGGCUGAUACGCUCAAAUGUUUCUAUUUUUCCGAGUGUCAUUCUUGUAUUGUUUUGUGUAUACGCCAUGACACUACUUUUUGUUUUGUUUUUUUUACACAUUGCUGCUGAAGAGUUUCACAUUGAGCAACAAUUGUUGUAAUCAUGGCAGCCAAUCCCUCUGCAAUGUGAGUUCCAUCUUAAUAGAGAAACAUUUUAAGCAGUUUUUGAACGAAUCUUUAAAAACUACACAACAGUACGGAUAACUGUAAGUCACUUUAUACUCCUUGUUGAAAUGGUUUGUAAUGACAACCCUGUUUUAUGUGUCAUCUAUCACAAUCUAGCCCCGGAUUGAAAAAAUCAAUUUUCAUUGAUCGUCUUAACGCUGUAUUUUUUAUUUUUAUUUUUUUAAAGGUCAAUGCUCGUUUGAGGUUAUUUUAAAAGAAGAAUGUACGCAGGUGACAUGCACAUGGGACGAAAUGACAUUCCUGAAAGGACAAUCUUUUAACAGACUUUUGUAGUGCAUGCUUUAACUUUGUUUUUGAUAUGUAAGUAAACAAAUACGUAAGUGAAUAAAUAAGUGGGGGAAACAGGUACCACACUGAUGUA